GCCAUGUUGAACGGUGUGGGUGUCACACACAUACACACAUACACACACAAGCCCAACACACCAAUACUAACGCUCACCUCGGUCGUUUCUUAGUAAAUAAAGUUUCUCUAUCUCCCAUACGAGUAGUCUGUACUUAUGCCGGGUGUUACCCCCGGUCAUCAUCAGCACAGGAGGUUUGGUAAUGGAGGAAUUCAUCGAGCUGGCUUUCUUCUCUGUGUGGAAAUGGUUUUAACAGGCACAGAGUAAUACAGAGAAACUCUUCAAACGGAUAACGUGUUCGAAUAAUUGCAUAAAGGACUACUUAUUUUUUUUAUUUUCCGUUAUUUUUAACACUACACGCCACAAUGCCAAGCUCAACUAUUCGGAGACAAAUGAAAAAUGUGGUUAAUAACUAUUCAGAGCCAGAGAAGAAGGUCAGGGAAGCGACUUCCAAUGACCCAUGGGGCCCCUCCAGUUCUCUGAUGUCGGAGAUCGCCGACCUCACUUACAAUGUGGUGGCCUUUUCAGAGAUUAUGAGCAUGAUUUGGAAGAGGCUGAACGACCAUGGAAAGAACUGGCGGCAUGUGUACAAGGCCCUGACUCUGCUUGACUACCUAAUCAAAACGGGCUCUGAGCGAGUGGCCCUGCAGUGCAAAGAGAACAUCUUUGCCAUACAGACGCUGAAAGAUUUCCAGUAUAUCGAUCGGGACGGCAAAGACCAGGGCAUCAACGUCAGAGAAAAGUCCAAGCAGCUGGUGGUGCUACUAAAGGAUGAUGACCGUCUGAAGGGUGAGCGCUCUCAGGCCCUGAAGACUAAGGAGCGCAUGGCACAGGUCACCACCAGUGUGGGCAGCAACAAUCAGAUCAGCUUCGGCCGUGGCUCCAGCCAGCCCAACCUCUCCACCAGUUACUCUGAAGAGUACGGCAAGUCUGAGGGUUCACCUGCGUCAUAUCAUGGAUCCACAUCUCCGAAUGCAUCUUCAGAGUUGGAGCAAGCCAGGCCUCAGACGAGUGGAGAAGAGGAGCUACAGUUGCAAUUGGCUCUUGCCAUGAGUCGAGAGGCUGCCGAGCAGGAGGAGAGGAUGCGUCGUGGGGAUGACCUACGGCUCCAGAUGGCUCUGGAAGAAAGCCGUAAAGACUCCAGCGGAGGGAAAGUGGCCAAGAAGAAGAAAGAGCCUCCACAGUCUUCUCUGAUGGAUCUGAUUGACCCGGUUCUCAAGGGCCCUGCCGAUCAAGCUGCGGACCCUUGGGGAGCAGGUGGUGCAGCCGCAGGCCCCGCCUCAGACCCCUGGCAGUCCUACGGUGCCACCCCUAAGCCAGCUGCUCCGGUGGAUCCCUGGGGUCUUCCCGGUGCCUCUUCCUCAGUCACUCCUCUGAAGAGCAGUGACCCCUGGGGGUCGACCCCAGCUCCUGCAGCUGCCGAUCCCUGGGGCCCAAUGCCUGCCACCCGGCCCAAAGCUCCUGCCACAGUCGGUAGCUUUGAUCUUUUUUCCGCACAAAAUGGUACUUCCAGGGAGGACCUCUCUGAGUUUGAUAGUCUUCGUUCCUCAGCACUGACAGGUGAUGGUCGAGGAAGCUCUGCCUUGCCGUCGCAGACCAGCUUGUCUGUAGGCUCUGAUCUGUUCGACUUGCCGAGCGGCCCAACCAGAAAAACUCCAGAGUCUUUCCUGGGUCCCAAUGCCGCUCUUGUCAACCUAGACUCUCUGGUCAGCAAACCUCUCCAGCCGGCUCCAGUCUCCAACCCCUUCCUUGCUGGAGGUUUAGCCUCAGGAGCAGCUUCGGCUCCGCCGCCUGCAACUGGAGCUCAAGUCAACCCCUUCCAGGUGAACCAGCCGCAGCCGCCCACCCUCAACCAGAUGAGAGUCAGUCCCAUGAUGGGCCUGAGUGGGCAGGGCUUCAACAACAUCGCCCAGAGGAGCAACGAGCCCUUGCCUCUCUCCUCAUUGCCCCCAGCCGGCCCCGUCUCCAUGGUACCCAUGACCGGCAUGGCUCCUCUUGGGCCUGUGGGCCAGAUGAUGCCAGCCAUGGGGAUCCCAGCAUCCAUGUCCAUGCCCCAGCCGCUCAUGAGCGGAGGGCUGCCGCCCACAGUCGCAGCAACACAAGCCGGCGGCACGACCAACCCCUUCUUAUUGUGAGGAAUAACAUAGGCUGCCUCCCCGAAACCCACUCAAAUCUCUCGCCCAUCCCCGUUUCUAUGGUAUAGACAACAUAGUCGGUUGUGUUCCCUCCAAAACCAGUGUGCUAUUUUGAGACUUUUGGGAGUAGCAGUGGUGUUUACAGGUUUUACACUGGCAGGUCCUGUCAGAGAUUGGUACCAUACAGCGAUUUGGUAUUCUUUUCUAAAUUUCCUCGAAAGACACCAUCAGCGACGAUACAGAGUCUAGGAGCUUUUCCUCUCCCGUUCAAAGGGGUCCGGUUUUUAACUUCUUAUUGAUGGCUUACUUUUCUUAUCAGAGGCUUAAACCUAGGAGUUCUGGUUUGUCUUAAUUUUUCUAAUUUCGAAUCUUUCGAGCAGCGUGCUAGAUAAAGCUCUAACCCUUUUAAUCCAAGCAGCCUGUACGUUCUACGCAGUGCAUAUACACUAUGUGUAUUUACAGUACGCUUAAGUAGACAGUUUAGAGGACUCUCUAUCAGUUUACAUGGAAAUGAUUUUGAUGUUCCAAGCAGGGAUUUUGCACAUGCUCUGAUCUAUCUUCCUUUGACUGUUUGCCCACCGUUAGUCCUUAGCGCGAGAAGCGAUGGGAAACCGUUCACUAAGACACGAGCAAAUCUGAAGGAUAGGAGAGAGUCUGUGAACUGCAUGUGUGAAUGGUUUUAAACCGGAUGCAUUGAAAGAUGAACUUCAAACUGAAGUGGAGAGUUGUUCUUUCUUCCCUUUCUUUUUUUUUUUUUUUUAAUGCAUGACAGGGAGUUGGUUUGCAUAUCAUAAUACAGCUCAACUUUUAUACCGAAGCCUGUUUUUUACUGCUUUACAAUCCCAAGGUAUUGUUUAUUGGGUGAAUGGGUUCUUUCAAUUCAGUACGACUCACUGUUUGCACAGCUCCAUAUUUCCACAGCUAAUCGAUAUUAAUGAUUUCAAUGUAUCUGCUUAGCUUCUCUGUGAGUAUCCAACAACCUGAAAUAUGAUCAUUUCAGUAACGAUUUUAUUUAUGUGUGCGCACGUGGAUGGAGAAAAGGGAAACGGGAGGUCAUUUUGUGUUCAUCUUCAUCAGGUCCUAAUGCGUCUUACUGUUAUAACCAACAGCUGUAUCACUUAUCACUGCUUCCGUUGGAGAAAAGUAUAUCAAAGCUUGUUGUUAACAAAAUCCCCUUCUGUAUGGAAAGCUAACUUCCUUAUUGUUACGGGAAUGAGCGGAGAUGCUAAGACAGGUCAUAGUGUGGGUGGGGUCCCGUAAUGGAUUGUGUGAUCUAUUUUCUAGGGUUGUUUUUGAUGUUGAAUAUGUGGUGUAAAUGUAUGUUAGGGGUCAUUUGCAUCUUUCUGCAGCUAGAGCCCUGUGGUUCGAUUGCGUUGUUCUGUAUUCAUACGAGUUUAUUUUGCCCACGGUUUUGUCAUUACAUGAGACUUAAACUAGACUUUGAAUCGUUUGAUAUCACAAUUAGUGGUCGAUUUAAAGCGAGAACGCCUAGACUUAGGUGUGUCGUGUGACUACACUUUUUAAUUCUACCAGUUAAGCACAAGAUGGCAACAUCUGCCACCGAAUAGUAGUUACCAAAGUGACAUUGCUUGUCUUUUUUUAAAUGCAGAGCUGAACUGACUACACUUAUCUAUCUUCAAUUGUUCCCAUAUUAUUAUCAUCAAUAUUACUGCUUUUGUUUUCUUGAUUACUAGAGUAUGGACUCUACGGUUUCUCUCAUCUGUGAGCUAGCGACCUCUGCUGGAAAUAUUGUGGUAGUACUGGCUAAGUGCAGCCUUGUAGCAGAGCCUGGGUGUGUUGUGGUAAGUAAUCUGCUGGCAUACUCGGGCAUUUUAGGGGGUGGUUGUGGCUAAGAGAGCUUUAAGAUGUAUGUAAUGCGCUUUUGAUGGACAUGAUGGUUUAAGCAGGCUCUAAUAGUGCUAAACAAGUCUCCCUGCUAGUGAACAUCACUGUAUUCAAUUAUGCAGACUAGUUUGACUUUUGAAUCCUUAUACGACAUCUUCCUCAUUUAAUCUCGGCCAUCGUGUAUCACUCGUUCUUCUGUUAUGUACUCAAUAUGCAUUUAUUGUGGAGGACUAACCUUGUGGACAUGCAUAACAUUUUACUUUUCCAUGUCGUUGUGUCUUGUGUAUUUACCAAACUGUCUCAUAUUACUGGGAGCAGGCUGCUUUUUAUGGAUAUGUGCUCAACUUGUUGGCAUUAUAACUGUAUAAUAUAAUUUAUCAUCUGUUCUAUUGUAACAUAUUGUUGUGUACCUUAUUUCUGUGUAAUGGUUUUGUAGGAAAGUCAGAGGAAGAGUGAUUGUUUUAUUGCCAUCUAAACCACAGCAAGUGAUAAAGGACCUGUAGCUGCAGUGGUAAAACAAAUAAAUUGUAUCAAUGACUUUUGA